AUGCCGAUUGUCUUGUUUCCAAAGAAGGACAAACCGCAGUUGGUGCGUGGGUUCUCGCCGAAGGUUGUUCGCCUCAAUGUUCGCAUCAACGAAGAUGUUGAGGAGGCCUCGCUGGCGAACAUCUCGCGCUCUGGCCUGUUAGCGCUUUCCAACGACAUUUCAACAAACAGUCAUGUUACCAAGUUGGACUUCAGGCAUGUCUGUUUUGGUCCAGAAGAAGCCGCCAUCUUGGCCAAAGGCUUGUCAACGAAUCGAGUUCUUGUGGACCUCAACCUCCAGCACAAUAAUUUGUCCGACGCCGGCGCGGGAGCUGUUGCAGAAGCUCUGAUUCAACAGGGUGUGCUCGAAGUCCUGACGCUGGAUGCUAAUGGUAUUGGUGAUACGGGCGCCGCGGCGAUUGCGGAGUUCGUGUCCUCCUCUCGCACCUUAAAGGAGUUGAGAUUGUUUGACAACCACAUCCUCAAGGAUGGAGGUGCUGCCAUCGGGAGUGCAGUCGAGAAGUGCCCGACGUUGAGACACUUAGAUCUUGGCUUGAACGAGAUCGGAGAUCCUGGAGCGAUCGCCAUAGCCAAGGCCUUGUGCAACUAUAACAAGGUGUCCAAGCUGAGUGUGCGUGCCAAUGGCAUUACGAGCAUUGGCGGCAAAGCAAUCGCUAAGGCUCUGCGGAAGAACUGUCGCCUUCGUUCGCUGGACAUCCGUGUCAACCGCCUGCGUGACGAUGCAGUGAAGCACCUGUUUGAGGCCUUGUUGCUGAACACCCACUUGCAGGAGCUGGACUGCUCAGGCAACAACAUACGAGACGAUGCCAUGGAAUUCGUAGCAGAGGUCAUUUUAUCCAACAAGUUCAUCACGAAGCUGAGCUUCGAGGAUAACUACUUCACUGAUGAGGCUGCAGAGGUCUUUCUGAAACUACUUCAGAAGGCCGAGCACCUCUCAAUGACAGAGUUUGGCAUCCACAACAACUAUAUCUCAGAAAUCAAGCUUCAGCAGAUUGAUCUGUUCAUGCGCACUCAUGCGCGCGAGCUGCAAAAGAAGAAGCGUGAAAGCAAGAGGCAGAGGAGCCAGUCUCAUCAAGGAGACGAUACGCGAGAAGAGUCGAAGAUUUCUGCAGGGCGCCAGUCAAGCGGCAGCUUGUCUCGGAGCACUUCCAGGAUAUCUGCUCGGGGCUCGCGAGAAGCCUCGAAGGGCUCGGAAUGCAGAGAACAAUCCUGCCAGAUCCUGCCUAGGCUGCGAGGUGGCUUCCGAGAGGGCGUCUAUUUUGCAGAGGUCCUCCUGGGAUCCCCCAGGCCACAGCGUGCCUCAUUGAUCGUGGACACCGCCAGCUGGGUGACCGAACUGACCUGUGCAGGGUGUUCUGCCUGUGGCAAACAUCUGGAUCCUCCUUUCAAUCUGUCUGGAAGCCGUACUGGCGAAUGGAUUCGCUGCGGGGCAAGCUGUCCAGGCAAAUGUGACAAGGAUUCCUGCGUCUUCCGUGAGAAAUAUCUCGAGGGAUCCUCUCUUGAAGGGAGGUGGUUUCGGGACAGCCUUCGCUUUGUAUCUUGGAAUGGCAGCUCUGACCCCUUGACUGCGACUCUGGGAUGCUCCCUCAAGGAGUCGGGGCUUUUCUCUGCCCAGCGGCAAAGCGGCAUCCUGGGGCUGGCACCCGGUUCAGCAGGUAAGCCAACAUUGAUAUGGCAAGCCUUCCAGAAGCAGGGGCUGCGCUCCCGCAUCAGAAAACGAGCAUUCUCGCUCAGCUUGGGUUCUGAAGGCGGAGACCUGGUUAUUGGAGAAGCGGCCACUCGAGCUGGCAGACUGUGGGUACCGCUGCUGACGAGUGGAUCAAGUGGCAAGUACAGCAUCAAGGUUGAAGCUCUGAUGCUCAACGGGCACUCGAUCGCUUCCAGGCUUGGUAAGGCGCAGCUUGACUCCGCUUCCACCUUUACGUACUUGCCGCCAGAGGCUGGAUGCAUCUACCAGAGUACCCGGCGGCUAGAACCCUCAUACCGAAUCAGUUCAUGGGCAACAGCUGUAGACCACAAAUCAAGAAGACCUGAGGCUGAGAGGCAGUUGCGGAAGGUAUUGGAGGACUUCUGUAAAGAUCUGCGCUGCAUACAUGCUGACCCACCCACUGCAACAGGGGACGAGGCAAGCAGGCAUUGCUGGCGAGUCCAAGGGAAUGCUGGAAAUUUCAGUACGGGACGGUUUCCAGUGCUCUCCUGGAGGCUGGCAGGCGUUGAGGUCUCGUGGCCACCGAGCCGAUACCUAAUUCGCUACAGCGGCAAGCGGGCGAGGCUUUGCUACACCUUUCGAGCCACAAACGCCCUUCCAGAUGGUUCGAAAGUUGUUUUGGGCGCUUCAUGGAUGGUGGGCCAGGAGCUUCUUUUCGAUAUUGACAACAGUCGGCUGGGGCUGACCCCUAGACCUGCUGCUUUGCAUGUGCUGAAUGGAAGGCAAUCGCAGCGAUUGCGCAGAAAGCCCUCAGGAGAUGCGCUAGCUUCACCCAAUACAACUCCUUUAGCAACCUUCACAAGUACCAGUCCACGCACCGUUUACCCCACGAGUGUGUCAGACACUGUACAACCUGACUUUCGGCCUACUGUUGCAGGAUCCAGUGCCAUUCCACCCCAGAUUCCAGACGCAGCCCUCGAGUUUGAGGCGUGGAUGGUGCGAGGAGCUGGAGGACUUCUGCUUGUGUCAUGCAUUCUGCGCUUCCGUGUCAUGAUUUCGCGCUUGAUGUGCCGAUGUCUUCAAGGUGAGCGCUUCUGA